AUGGCCACUCAACCUCGUCUCAAGCUCGCCUUAAUCGGCCUCGGCCGUCUUGGUGCCAUCCGUGCCCGUAUCCUCGCUUUUCAGCAGCCUCGCAUCGAUCUCGUCGCUGCCUGCGACACCAAGCCUGGUAGCGACGAGUGGGCCGCGGCCAACCUCCCACCCUCCAUCAAGUUCUUCGCGGAUCCAGAGGAUUGCAUGAAGAAUAGCGGUGCCGAGGCUGUUCUCAUUUCCACCGCGACUGCCACUCACGCUCUCCUGGUUAUUCAAGGUCUUGACCUGGGCCUGCAUGUCAUGUGUGAGAAGCCUAUCUCUGUGGAUGUCAUAACUACCGAGGAGGUCCUCGCCAAGGCUGCUUCCAAGCCUCACCUCAAAUUCUUGGUCCCUUUCUCUCGACGAUACGAUGACUCGUACCGUGCUGCAAAGCAAAUGGUCGAGAAUGGCUCACUCGGUCAGAUCCAUGCGGUUGAGACUUCCUGCCUCGACCAGCAGGACCCUACAGGCUUCUUCGUUACCUUCUCAGCUCAGUCCGGAGGUAUCUUCGUUGAUAUGGGUGUUCACGAUAUUGACGUGGGCCGAUAUUUCCUGGAUGUCAAAUCAGGUCUCAGUAACCCUAAGAAGCAAGUUAACAGGGUCAUCGCCAUGGGUCAACAGGCUGUCUAUGGUGACCUCUCCAAGCACGGCGACUGUGACAACGGAUGGGGCCUUGUUGAGUUUGCUAAUGGAAAGGUCCUCACCACUCACGUGGGCCGCACGCUCACCAACGGCUUUGAGGGAAUGACUCGCGUGUGUGGCACCAAAGGCCACUCUGUCGUCAACGGUAACUCCACGAUAAACCGUGUCGAAGUUCGUGAUUCACAUGGUGUGCGUACCAUUACCACCCCGGAUGCGUUCGUGCUCUACGAUAAGUCAUUCAUCAAUGACCUUGCUGAAUUCGCUUCUGCUAUCCUGGAUAAUGAGCCCCUCACUUGUUAUCCAGAAGAUGCCUACGAAGCCGCUAAAAUUGCUACCGCUCUACAGUACUCGUUCCGCAAUGGCGUACCAGUCUACUUUGACGAUAAUGGACUACCUAUCAUGGAAAUUGCCAAGUGA